UGUCAAUGUCAAGCUUCUACUUCUACAUAACCUAAAAAUUUUAAAUUUAUCCCAAAAGUAUAUUAAGCAUGUUAGCAUGACGGGCUUUCAAUUUUUAUUAUCUUUGUUUUUCUGUAUAGUGAUUGACAAUUUUAAAAAUGCUUCAAGUGAAGUUUAUUCUAGUGAAGAGUUUGUAGAAUUCAAUAGAUACAAGGAACCUACAGUAUUUAUUGCUAUUUUAGUAAGGAAUAAAGCUCAGACUUUACCGUUCUUUCUAACUUGUUUGGAAAGAUUGAAAUAUUCUAAAAGUCGCAUUCAUUUGUGGAUAAGAAGUGAUCACAAUGAGGACAAAUCAAUAGAGAUACUGCAGGAAUGGUUAGCAGAAUGGGCAGCUCAUUACCAUGGAGUGGAUGCUGAGUUCUCAAGCUCGCCACCAUACCGGUUGCCUGAAGAGAAUGGACCUGCACACUGGCCUCUCUCUCGCUACUCGCAUAUUAUCAGCCUCAGGGAAAAGGCAUUGAAUGCUGCUCGAAAUAUGUGGGCUGAUUUUGUUUGGCUACUAGACAGUGAUGUGUUCCUGUCAAUGCCUGAAUCGCUGACAGAACUCGUGAAAAAGCAGCUGCCGAUUGCAGUUCCUAUGUUGAAGUCUGAUGGCCUCUAUUCGAAUUUCUGGUGCGGAAUGAAUGAUGACUACUAUUAUCUGCGCACUGACGAUUACGAACCGAUCCUCAACCAGAAAAAGACUGGCUGCUUCUCCGUUCCCAUGGUCCACUCUGCUGUCUUGAUUAAUCUGAACGUGGAACAAUCAGAUGAACUGACAUUUAUGCCUAAUAGGUUAGCCAACUACAAAGGUCCACAUGAUGAUAUCAUAACAUUUGCACUAAGUGCGAACUUUACUGGAGUGCCUCUCUUUAUUUGUAAUGAUCAUAUAUAUGGUUAUGUGAUGGUGCCAUUGGAUAAGGAUGACUCUUUGUCAUAUGACAAACUGCAAUUGACAAAUUUGCGACUAGAGAUAAUGGUGGACAGUCCACCUCUGGAAGUGAGCGGUUUGCUGAAGCACUGGGUGGACGUGCCGGCCGUGGAUCAUCUUGGCGUUGACAGAGUGUUCAUGAUCAACCUGCUGCGAAGGCCCGAGCGACGCCGACGUAUGAAUGAGUGUUUCCGCAUCCUCGGAGUCAAUGCCACUGUCGUUGAUGCCGUCGAUGGACAAUUACUGAAUGAUUCUACUCUGCAGGAGAUGGGAGUACAUCUCAUGGAAGGCUACGUUGAUCCUUAUCACAAAAGAUUUUUUCAAUGUUGCAGACCAAUGAAACGGGGAGAGAUUGGUUGCUUUUUGAGCCAUUACUACAUCUGGAAAGAGAUAUUGGAGGAUGAUUCGUUAGACAAAGUAAUCGUUUUAGAAGAUGAUGUUCGCUUUGAACCAUUCUUCCGACAAAAAAUGGACUCCAUCCUUUCGGAACUAGAAAAGUUUGAGAUUCCAUGGGAUUUGGUAUAUUUGGGAAGAAAGCGUUUACAGGAAGCAGAGGAAAGUACUUUUCCAGGUUCUCAAUACUUGGUGUACCCAAAUUACUCAUACUGGACCCUGGGGUACAUGCUUUCAAAAAGUGGCGCUAAAAAACUCAUGGACGCUAAUCCACUCGAUAAUCUUCUACCUGUUGACGAGUUCCUUCCUAUACUUUACGAUAAGCAUCCAGAUGAGAAUUGGAAAUCCUAUUUUCCGAAAAGAGAUGUUCUGGCGCUGUCGGCAGAGCCUCUUAUCAUUUACCCAACUCGUUACCUGCAUGAAGAAGGCUACGUUAGUGACACUGAAGAUUCGCUCCCAAUAUCAACCACUCCUAGGAUUGAUCUUUAGCGAAUCUCACUAUAUCGCCUCUGGCUCAAAAUCAAAACAAGCCCAAUCUUCGAAUUACUAGAGUUAGUCUGAAAAUAUAGAAAGUGUUUCUAAAUACCAACUUGUGUUCCUGUUUAGAUAUGAUUAUGUUUGAAUAUUACUGCUUCAUAUUUUGUGAAACUUGUAUCGUAAUUAUUUAAAUUACAAAAAAUUCUGAGAUUGACUUCAUAUAAAAUGAAAAGCUUUAAAUUCUCAUUAUAAAAUAGAAGUGCCUUAAUACCGUUAGAUAGUCUGUAAUAUCAAAUACGUUUUUACUGUUGAUCCUCUUCCAUAUAUUUACUGUUAUUUCUUAUUGGUUACAUGUGCCAUUCAUUUUAUUAUGUUCACUAAAUUAGUUUCAUCAGAUGAAAAUUAUAAAAUUCAUAGAAUCAGUCAAGAUUUCUGUGAUAAGCAUAGUAAUCAAUUAGCUUUAGAUUUUAUAUAUAUGGAAAUUACCAUGACUUAUGCCAUAAAUUAUAUUAUUAUGUACUUCAUUUAUAUCAUUAUAUCAGUACUUUAUGAUGAUAAUAGUAUAAGAUUCCACUUUGUGAAUGAUCUUCAAUAAUAAUCCAACUCUGUGAUAGAAGUCUUGCAGUAAUGUACUGUAUAUUAUAAAUUGUGUACCUGUCAAUUCGGAAAAUCAGAUUAUAAUAAUUUUCAAUCUCAUUGUACUUUGAAAUUUGUACUAUUAUUAUUUGAAAAAUGGUAUAUAUAUUCCAUUUUCGUAUUUAUACGUGAGGCUUGAAAAGGAUGUAAUUAUGUGGAAAAAUUCUAACACAACACCAAAAGACCAAUAAUUGAAAAUCUCACUUGCAGCUGUGUCAUCAGUGAAUAUUCUUAUUGCACAAACUCAAUGAUCAAUAAGAACCAUUACAGUGAUAGAAUAAUUUUACUUUGCCCCAAUUGAAAGUUCCAUAACAAUACCGAACUAUUCCUAGGUGACGAUAACGUUAUAGCACAAAGUCCUUCAUCAUUAAUCGGGAAACUCUUCCAUUAAACUCUCUUAUAAAAGAGUUAAAUAAAGAGUUAAAAGAGAGUUAAUUAAACUCUCCUAUGAUUAUUGAGAUAAUACUAUAAUUAUUAUUAGUCAGUAUUGGAUUCGAUUUGUAUCCAUCUCCAAAGGCAUGAAUUAUUAUGUUGUGAUCAGUAAGAAAUCUAUAUUGAAAGAUUAAUGUGUUCUUAAUAACCAAAAUGAAUGAGUCCAUAACAAAUUCACAUCAUCCCAUGGCUAUUCACUAAUUAAUAGAAUGGUUCAACUGCCAACUUUGGUGAUAAUCAAUGUCUCCGCUUAUAACACAUUCACUUUGAUUAAAGGAAAGCAGAGUUUUGUUUCAAACCUCGAUCCCCCAUCUCAGUCCCACCGGAACUCCUUGCUAUAGAUGUUCCUCGCAUCUUGCCAGAAUAUAAUUUAGGAACUUUGAUUGCCUACAGGCGUCGGUUUGUUGGCUUCGGCGUUAGGCUAUAUUAAUUUAUCUUAUAGAGGUCCUUCAAUUUCCCCCGUGUAAACAUUGAACAAUUAUUAUUAGUAUUAUAGACUCAGAUUUCUUUAGAGUAUACUGCUUCAGAAUAUCAAUAUCACUUACUCUUACUCUUAUUCAACCUCAAAUAGCUGUGCAGAACUAUUGAUCAAUAAAUAUAUGGUGAAUUUGACGAAUUAUACAUUUUUUCUAUCAUAUACCCAUUCACUGUUAACUCAUUUCUUUUUUUUUAUUCUCUGAGUAUAUGAUAAUCAUUGUAUAAGUAGUUUAUGAGUGUAGAAAGAAUAUUUAACAAAUUUCUUAUUCUCAUUAACUAUGUAAUUUUCAUUCAACUCACAAAUAAAAGGUUACAACUUGAGCUUCAAAAACUAAAAACAAAAAGUCUAAGUUCUUAGUAAAUAUUUUUAUCCAUGUAUCAAAGUUUUUUACUUAGAAAUGUUUGCUUCAGUUCGUAAUAUGUACAGAUUUCUAGAAUAGACACGUUAUAUUAUGGCCUUCACAUAGACUGAUAUAUAUAUAUCACACUCUCAUCUUAUCCUUGGAAAGCCAACCGCUAUGUAGCAAGUUUGACAAGUUUUAAUCUAUCAUUAAGAUGUACAGUAUGUGAAAUUCUCUACUUUACUGAGUUUUCGUGUGUGAGAAACAUCAAACAUUAAUGUUAAUGAUUAUGUAUUCAGUAGUUCAUUUCAUUCUAUUUUAUUUCGUAAUGAAUAAUAUACGAAUAUAACCUUGAUGCAUGUUGUUUAUUGUGCAGUCUUUAUGUGACAGAUUGUUUCAGUAAUAAUUCACUGUUCACUGGGAUACCUAGGGAAUAUAUCUGUGAGAUACAUUCAAUAAACUGAAAUGGCAAACUCAUUCAUUCAUUUUGGAAUGGUUGUAGCAUUAAUUACCUCAUACAAUUGAUAUCAGCAUUGAACUAUACUGUAUGCUAUCACCACUAAAUUUAGUUUCAUAAAGGAUGAAAUGUCCAAUGUGUAUCCGAGUCUCGAAACUUAUUUCAAAGCCAGACUAGUCGAGUUAAUUAUGUAAACGUCAUGAAUAGCAAAUCAAGAGAGGCACCUAGUGAAACACAUGUCGUUGACUGUACCUCUCACAUAAAUUAUGGUAUGCGAAUUUAUAAUUAAUGAAUCGUUGCUAAAACAUUAUUGCUAAUCACGUAAUGUAGGCUAUGCUUAUAUAAUAUGAAUAUACUGAAAUGCUUCAAACUAUUUGCUGAUAUCAAAUUUAAUGUGUUAGGACUCAUUGAAUUCCAGAAAAAAUAAAAACUGUUCAAAGCAAUUUCAAAGAGAAGUGAAUGUAUGAUUUCUGUUUGUAUCUAUGAAGCAUUUCAAAUUUAACAAAACUGUUCCAGAACAGAAUUUUCGAAAAGGUUAAUGAAUCAAAGCUGCUCAUUCUAUCAUUGUUAUUGAAAACUCAAUACAAUAGUCUCCCUCUGGAACAUAGGUACUUCAGAGUAAAUCCGUUUCUUUAUUUCCAAAGAUCAAUGAACGAUGAAAUCUCCCUAGGAAUUUCCUCAUAUAGAAAUCUUUUCUAAAUUGUUUCUGUGCUACAUGUAUUAAUAACAUUGUAAUAGGAUUUUCCAUUGAUCAAUAACAUUAAUCAUCCACAAUUUCAUUUAUUUCAUGCGAGUUCUUAUUAUAAUAUUUAAAUUGGAACUAUAUCACUUCUCUAUACCCUGCCAUAAUAUUUUAGACUUCCAUGAUUUAUUAACAUCUUAUUUAAUUCCAUUUAGAACAUUGUAACCAUUUUAUAAUAUUAUAUAAACUCAUAGUAUACUUCAUAAGUCUAUCAUGCCAAAAUGAUUAAUCAUUUGUUAUUUUAUGUGAGUUAUCUCUUAUGUGGAUUUUAACAUUCUGUAAUAUGACAAAGUGUCUCGAAUUAGUAGUUCGCAAAGCAAUAUUAUAAUGAAAUGCAAUGAUAUUUACUUUAACUUAGAUUUAUUAGAGUUUUAUCUUGUUAUUCUUAUUAUUAGUCUUGCCAUUUUUAUUCUCUCAUUUAUAUUUUUAAGAAUUUAUUAAAAAUUUCAUAUCAAUCCAAA